AUGAUUGCUUCCCUCGGAAAACCGAGAGAAGAGAUUCCGUACGAAAAUCGCAAGAAUUUGGCUCCUGGUUUGAAAGGUUAUUAUGUUCAUAGACUUUUAGUAAACGCUGUAGCAAUGUGGGCUUCACCUCGUUAUGCUUGUUAUAUUUUCAUGAUGUUAGAUGAACUAUAUAAAGCAGAACGUGAAGAGAUGGAAAACAAGCUUGAAGCAAAAGACAAAAGCAUACAGAAAAGAAUACCACGUUCGGUACCAAAAGGAAAGGAAAAGAACUAUAAGUAUAUGAUUUAUACUGAAGAGUUGGAGAAAGAAGAAGACAGAGAUAUGGUUAUGUUGCAUUUAGUCAGAAGAAACAACAAAAGCUUUUACGACCUUGCUAAGAUUUACAAAUCUGACAGAAAUUGGUUCUAUCGCGAAAACUUACCGAUUUCAAUGACCCCAAAUGAAGAUGUGAAACAAAUAGUUCAAGAUACGUUACCUCAAACACACUAUGAUAUUAAAGGUUGUACAAUACUUACAUUCAAAGAAGAUUUGUCAUUGUUAAAGGAAAAAAUAACAGAGUAUUUUGACAACUUCAAACAAGUAGGGUAG